UUAACAUGCCGUUAGGCGGCUAGGCGCAGCGCUACACUUCUAAAACUCACCUCCCUCGCUUUGAGCAAUUGAAGAAGAAGAAUGCCUGCACAAAUCGCUAUAGAAGAAGAACAACAACAACAACCUCUUCUCCACAGUACUACCACCGAUGGAAUCGAAGAAGAGGUCGUCACUUCCUCAUUAUCCAAUGAGCCAGAUGCCCUUAAACGCAAGCUCAUCGGCUCUAAUCAACGCCUUCUUUCUCUCGACGUAUUCCGUGGCCUUACCGUCGCGUUGAUGAUUUUGGUUGAUGAUGCUGGAGGGGCUUUUCCAUCAAUCAAUCACGCUCCGUGGUUUGGUGUGACCAUAGCUGAUUUCGUGAUGCCAUUUUUCCUUUUUGGUGUUGGGGUCUCUAUUAGCCUUGUAUUUAAGAAAGCUUCCAGCAAAUCAUUGGCCACAAAGAAAGUCGUAUUGAGGACGGUCAAGCUCUUUCUGCUGGGGUUGUUUCUACAAGGAGGAUACUUUCAUGGGCGUAAUAAUCUUGCAUAUGGAGUUGAUGUGGCCAAGAUAAGAUGGCUAGGUGUACUGCAGAGGAUAUCAAUUGGAUAUCUGCUGGCUUCAAUAACGGAAAUCUGGCUUGUUAGAAAUGUCAUGGUUGACUCUCCAACUGCAUUUGUUCAGAAGUACUACAUUCAGUGGUUAGGAAAUACUAUGCUUGCUGAAAUGAUUAUUGCUACCCUAUUAUUAUCACUUUACAUGUGCGUGCUCUAUGGCCUUUAUGUUCCAAACUGGGAAUUUCAAUCCCCAAGCCUCACUCUGUCCACUAAUGGGCCCCAUACUCAGAUUGUACAUUGUGGAGUAAGAGGGAGUCUUGAACCUCCAUGCAAUGCUGUUGGCUAUAUUGAUAGGUAUUUUCUGGGUGAACCACAUCUUUAUCGACGUCCUGUAUACAGAAGAACAAAGGAAUGCAGUGUUAAUUCUCCUGACUAUGGGCCUUUGCCACCGCAUUCACCCGAAUGGUGCCUUGCUCCAUUUGAUCCCGAGGGCAUCUUAAGUUCAUUAAUGGCUGUCCUCACUUGUAUUGUGGGAUUGCAUUUUGGACAUAUACUUCUGCAUCAUAAGGGUCAAAUGCAUAGAGUGGUUCUGUGGUCCAUGUCUUCCUUUGCAUUGCUAUUUUCUGGAUUUGUUUUACAAUUGCUAGGCAUUCCCUUCUCCAAACCACUGUACACAUUGAGCUAUAUGUGCAUCACUGCAGGAGCAUCAGGCUUGUUCUUGACCAUCAUCUUUUACAUAGUUGAUGUCAAACAUUUUAGAAAGCCGGUGGUGUUACUUCAGUGGAUGGGAAUGAAUGCUCUUAUAAUAUAUGCUCUGGCUGCUUGCGACAUUUUCCCAGCUGCCGUGCAAGGCUUUUAUUGGCGCUCACCAGAAAAUAACUUGGUUGAUGGCUUGGAAUCAUUGUUACAGUCCGUACUUCGUUCAAGCAAGUGGGGUACCCUGGUAUUUGUAUUGCUCGAGAUCUUGUUUUGGUGCCUAGUUGGCGGUUUUCUUCACAUGAAAGGCAUAUAUAUAAAACUGUAGAAACAAAAAUAGAACAAAAACAUUAGAAUAUUAGGUGUUAGUUAAAUAUAGAAAGAAAAAGAGAGAAAAUUAACUAGAAGUGGUACUCUGAAAACAUGAAUUGUCACCUAACUUGUCAACACCCUCACAUGGCAUUUCCCUCUUAAAGAUGUGGCAUCAAAUGUUUCAUGUUGGAAAAUAACAUACUAUACCCUCUUUUGGUGAUUGCCUGAUUGAUGAAAACUGUUUUUCAUUCCAUUUCUAGUAUUGGUGAAAUUAAAGAGCAAAGCAAAGCAAUCACCAAAAACUUGUGGGGGUGCUGCUGUGUACAGCCACUUGUAGAAGAUUCAAGAUCAUUUCUACUUUGGUAUAUUUAGUUUCUUCCUCUCAAAUCAAAGACAACAACUUUUAGUUCCCUUUCGGCUAUAAAGACACAUUAUGCACUCUUUUCUCUUUACUGUACUCUAUAAAAAUUAGGUACUUGCCUUAUUGCACUUGCAUCUUCCAACUGUUUUAGCCUAUCUCUAAAAAUGGCUACUGAGAAAGCCAAUGCUGAUCAGACCCAGAGUUGCGUUACCGAAGAUAAUUUCGGUGAUCGAUCAACAGCUAGCCAGGAAUCAACUAAGUUUCAAUUCAGUAAAGCACUUGCAUGUAGGGCAGUUUAUGGUCCAAGCAGCCGCCGUGGCUCCAGAAACAGAAGGGUCCGAACCAAUGCCGACCCUAGAACAUUACCGAGUAGGCUGAGCAAGGUUUCAGUGGCUGAUGAUGAUUCUGAGAAGUAGCCUAGCUUAGGCCAUCAAUAUCAUACCAUGUUUGAUUGAUGUUAAUUAAGGCAUUUUUUUGUUUUUAUCAUUACAUGGCUUGUUAUGAUUGAUGAAAGCAUGGUAUCUUUGUAGAGUGUAAAUGGUUAAAUAAUAAAGCACAAGAUUCUGGUACUUGGAAAAAAA